CGACCGGCGGUGACAACAUCCACGGUUUGAUUUCCGCGUCGCGUUUUCAGCACCGAACCUACGCGCAUACAGGCGGCUAGACAGACACAGGCAGAGCCUGAGGCCGGUUCCCAGGGGUCAGCACACCUGUUGCAGGUGUGAGCUCACCUGUGCAGGAUGGCUGUGCCGGCAGACAUGGAGCUGUCUCACCUGGUUGACCUGGUAACCCGGAACCUGAAGGCCACGCCCCUCUACACAGACAUGAGACAGGCCGCCACGGCCCAGGCACAGAAGGAAAACUUCCACCUGGGUGACCUGAAGCAGUCUCUGCUGUCAGCGCUGCAGGAGUCUGGCUGGGAGCGGAAGCUGCGAAACGCCGUGUACCGGGAGAUGCUGAUCUGUGCCCAGCGAGAACUCAGCAUCGCUCCUCCUGAGGACCAGAAGGAACCUCUCACAUACAUGAGGAAGGCCCAGGCAGCGUGGGAGAAGCGUAUCCUGAAGAGUCUGAACUCGAUGUGCACGGAGCUGAGCGUCCCGUUGGCACGACGACGACCCCCGCAGGAGCAGAAGGAGCUGCUCUCGCGCUGGUCCGAGCUCGGAACCGAGGAACCUGACCUCUCGCACUUCCGACCCGUCUACGCCCCCAAGGACUUUCUCGAGGUCCUGGUGAACCUGAGAAACCCCAACUCCAACUGGAGCGAGCAGGCCAGCCACUGUAACCUAUGGGGCCUUGUGCAGCUGCCGCUCAGGACCAAGACUAGGAAACAGCUGCAAGCAGACUUCAGCGAGCUGUCCAUCAGUGAGCCGCAGGCCGGCGUAGACGACUCGCCCGAGAUUCCCGCCGACGUGUUCGCCUCGGAGCGGACGAAGCUCGGCCGGCGCGUUCUGGAGGCCGAGCACAGCCCGCUGGCCCAGCAGUACGCCAAGAAAGGCUGUCCCACCGGGCUGCGGGGGGCCAUCUGGGCACAGAUCCUGGGGGUCAAGGUGGACAGCGUUGACCAGCUGUACUACCAGCAGCUGAAGUCGUACGUCAUACAUCACGACCUUCUCAUCGACAGCCUCAUCUACAAGGACGUCAAACUCACGGCCGCGAACGACGACUACUACUUCGUGUUCGAGGAUCUGCUGCACCAGAUCCUGCUGAUCUUCUCGCGUGACACGACCGUGCUGCGAUGUUUCGCCCACACGAGCGCGACGCCGGCAAAGUCAUACAUCCGGGGAAAACUCGGGCUGGAGGAGUUCCAGGUGACGUACCCCCCCAGCGGCGUGAUCCCCUUCCACGGCUUCACCAUGUACUGCGCCUCGCUGUGCUUCGUGUACGACGAGCCGGCCCGGCUCUACUUCGUGUUCCGGGAGAUGUACACGCGCUACUUCUCCCACCUGCACCACAUGUCCUCCCACCCGCAGGGCAUCGUGUCCCUCUGCGCGCUGUUCGAGUCUCUGCUACAGACACAUGAGCCGGAGCUGUUCUACCACCUCAAGGGCGUGGGUGCCCCGCCGCUGAAGAUUGCCUUUAAGUGGCUGAUGCGGGCGUUUGCGGGGUUCCUGGGCAGCGACCAGCUGCUGCUGCUGUGGGACCGCGUGCUCGGAUUCGACUCGCUCGAGAUCCUGUCCGUGCUGGCGUUCGCCAUCUUCUCGUUCCGCCGGACGAACCUGCUGGAAGUGUCGUCCUACGCGGCGGCGGAGGCGGUUCUGUCGGACCUGACCACGCUGAAACUGGUUCCUCUCCUGCAGCUGGCUCUCUUCAGUUAGCGUACAAACAAACAAACAAACA